AUUACAAUAUCACAUUGGCUUGUAGAAAAUGAAAAAUGUCAUCCUGAAAGAGCUUUUGCCAAAUCAUUCAUAAGAUCAUGCAUCACAAAGCUUGUCAUGGUGAUAUCCAAUCUCUGAAAAAAAGAUUUGAGCAAACUAAAUCACCAAGGUAAUUUUUCCAAUCUUGUGCUGCUCCUUGGUUGGUAUAAGAGGUCUAUUGCCAUCCAUAGCAGCAGUAAUUGAGCAGAGGGCAAAGCAUCGCUUAAGUUGAGGAGGAAGAGAGUCAUAGCUUGGUUUAAGUACUGGAAGGAUACUGUUAGUGUAGCUUGAGAAAUUCUUUGAUGCAAUGGCUCGUUCAAGACCUUACACUGUUCUGCAAUCCUUUUCCCAAUUCCUUCUAGUUCUUGGUUGAUUAUAUUUCCAAAAGGAAAUCUAGAGAUCAGCUCCCAACAUUCUUCAUUUGGUAGAUUUUUUCAUCCUUUGCUACUGUGGAGACAAUUUCACUUGAUGUGGUUAGAACAAUCUUGCUUCCUUCCUCAAGAAACUUUCCCAUUCUGAAUCUCAGACCAAAAAUCAUCCAGAGCAACAGGUAAAAGUCUUCUGUUUGCCAAAAGAAUCUCUAAGAGACGGGUGACGUGUCGUUGUGUGAGUGGGUGAAGGGAAAAUAUAUAAAGAGAAAAUAAAAAUCGACUCCCGUGUUUCUCUCUCUCUUUCACGCGUUUCUCUUCAAAGGCUACACCGGAGGCGAUUUGGAGUUUAAUCGGAACCACUCGGACGAGUCUCCGAUGUAGAAACGAGGAAGAUUACUUCAAUUGAGAUUAAGAGGCAUAGAGAGAGAGAUUUGUGUAUUCGAUCGAAUCAAGCUUGGGUUUGUUAGUAAUGGCGAGAAUAGCUAUAGUUUUAGAUCUACUGAAGAAAUCUCAAUCCAAGCACAGUCUUCACUCAUCUUCCUUCUCUUCCGCCGCCACUGCUCCCUUUGCGUCUAGGUUUCUAUUCGGUUCUUUCGAGCCUCGAGUUUCGUAUCGUGGUGUUGCUGCUGGAAUAGACGAUGAUUACCUUGGUGCUAUACGGAAAAUGUCUGCGGAUGGAAACUUCUAAAGGGUAACAUCAUCUUUAAUAUGAUUUCAUUUAAAGAAAAUGUCAUGCUUUAUUUAUUAAUUACACUACUAAAUGAUAUAAUUUAGUGAUUAUGUAGAAUGUUUAAUUUCUUGUUGAUAUAUAAGAAUAGUAAUAUCACCAAUCAAAAUGAAGUUGCAUCAAAAAAGGGCCAGAGAGAAAGAGCUUUGUGAGCAGCCAAAAACCAAAGUGGGCAAGUCUUCUUUCUUAGUCGUCGUUACUAAAACACAAAUUGUUUAUUCGGCAUUUGUGUUUAAUUAAGUUCUUUAAUUAAUGAUUAAAGAUCUUAAAUUUGUGUUAUUAAUGGCUAAAGUUAAACGAUUCAACAACGGCAUCCAAAAUCUUUAAAUUUUUCCGAUUCUUCCGUUGCAAGUCAACGUUUUCCUUCGCUUCCUCCUACCUUCUUCUUCUUCUUCACAAAAAUCUGAACUUUAAAUUUGAAUUUGCCCAUAUUUUUAGACCCACAUUUAUUCAUAUAGAUUUGAUCUGAGUUUGUAUUAUCUCAAAGUUUUAUCCUUUUGUUGAAUCUUGAUCUUUCGAUUAGUCCCCACCAAGCACCAAGUGAUCGAUCUUUUGUCUCACUGAACUUGGUUAUGCUUGAAAUUUGAUCUGACAACUAAAAGUUUCCUGCUUUGGAGGUUUUUGAUUUUGUAUCAUCCAGUUUAUAACGAGACUAUGUCAAUGGGAGGAGGGUCAAACCACGAGUUUGGCCAGUGGCUUGACCAGCAACUCGUUCCGUUAGCUACGAGUAGUGGCUCUUUGAUGGUUGAAUUGUUACAUGGUAACUUAGACAUUUGGGUUAAGGAAGCUAAACAUCUUCCUAACAUGAUAUGUUACCGUAACAAGCUUGUUGGUGGGAUUUCGUUUUCUGAGUUAGGUCGGAGGAUUCGUAAAGUGGAUGGUGAGAAGUCUUCUAAGUUCACAAGUGAUCCUUAUGUUACUGUCUCUAUCUCUGGUGCUGUCAUUGGUAGAACUUUUGUUAUUAGCAAUAGUGAGAAUCCUGUGUGGAUGCAGCAUUUCGAUGUACCCGUUGCUCAUAGUGCUGCUGAAGUACAUUUUGUUGUGAAAGACAAUGAUCCUAUUGGAUCAAAGAUCAUAGGAGUUGUUGGAAUACCAACCAAGCAGUUGUGUUCCGGGAAUAGAAUCGAAGGGCUGUUUCCGAUACUUAACAGUAGUGGGAAGCCUUGUAGAAAAGGUGCUAUGUUGAGUCUGUCUAUUCAGUAUACUCCAAUGGAAAGAAUGAGACUUUACCAAAAGGGUGUUGGUUCUGGUGUUGAGUGUGUAGGAGUUCCCGGUACAUACUUCCCUUUGAGGAAAGGCGGUAGGGUUACUCUUUAUCAGGAUGCUCAUGUCGAUGACGGUACUCUUCCGAGUGUACAUCUUGAUGGUGGGAUUCAGUAUAGACAUGGAAAAUGCUGGGAGGAUAUGGCUGAUGCGAUACGACGGGCAAGGAGGCUGAUUUAUAUCACAGGUUGGUCAGUUUUCCAUCCGGUUAGGCUGGUUCGUCGUAACAAUGAUCCGACCGAAGGUACAUUAGGGGAGUUACUUAAAGUCAAAUCUCAAGAAGGUGUUAGAGUGUUGGUUUUGGUGUGGGAUGAUCCAACUUCAAUGAGUUUUCCGGGAUUCAGUACAAAAGGACUUAUGAACACAAGCGAUGAGGAGACUCGCCGUUUUUUCAAGCACUCAUCGGUGCAAGUUCUCCUUUGUCCUAGAUAUGGGGGGAAAGGUCACAGCUUCAUAAAAAAAUCUGAAGUUGAAACAAUCUACACGCAUCAUCAGAAAACUAUGAUUGUAGAUGCUGAAGCAGCUCAGAACCGAAGAAAGAUUGUAGCAUUUGUUGGAGGGCUAGACUUGUGCAACGGACGAUUUGAUACUCCCAAGCAUUCUCUUUUCGGGACAUUAAAGACACUCCAUAAAGAUGACUUCCAUAACCCAAAUUUUGUGACUACUGAGGAUGUUGGACCAAGAGAACCAUGGCAUGAUCUGCACAGCAAAAUUGAUGGUCCAGCUGCAUAUGAUGUGCUUGCUAAUUUCGAGGAACGCUGGAUGGCUUCAAAACCUCGUGGAAUAGGGAAAGGAAGAACUUCUUUUGACGAUUCUUUGCUUAGGAUAAACAGAAUUCCUGACAUCAUGGGACUUUCUGAAGCUUCUUCUGCUAAUGAUAAUGAUCCAGAGUCUUGGCAUGUUCAGGUUUUCCGUUCUAUUGAUUCGACUUCAGUCAAAGGGUUUCCAAAGGACCCAGAGGAAGCUACUGGAAGAAAUCUUCUAUGUGGGAAGAACAUUCUCAUAGAUAUGAGCAUACAUGCAGCUUAUGUUAAGGCGAUACGAUCUGCUCAGCACUUCAUUUACAUUGAGAACCAAUAUUUUCUUGGAUCUUCAUUCAACUGGGAUUCAAACAAGGACUUGGGUGCUAAUAAUCUAAUCCCGAUGGAAAUCGCGCUUAAGAUUGCUAAUAAGAUUAGAGCGAGGGAGAAUUUCGCUGCUUAUAUUGUCAUUCCAAUGUGGCCAGAAGGUGCUCCAACAAGUAAGCCUAUUCAAAGAAUUCUCUACUGGCAGCACAAAACCAUGCAAAUGAUGUAUCAAACCAUCUACAAGGCACUUCUGGAAGUUGGUCUUGAUGGCCAGCUUGAGCCACAAGACUUUUUGAACUUCUUCUGUCUUGGAAACAGAGAGGUUGGAACCAGAGAGGUUCCUGAUGGAACAGUUAAUGUAUAUAAUUGUCCUCGGAAGCCACCUCAGCCAAAUGCUGCACAGGUGCAAGCUUUGAAGAGUCGAAGAUUCAUGAUAUAUGUUCAUUCCAAAGGUAUGGUAGUGGAUGAUGAGUUUGUCUUAAUUGGUUCCGCGAAUAUCAACCAGAGAUCCUUGGAAGGAACUAGAGACACUGAAAUCGCUAUGGGAGGGUAUCAGCCACAUCAUUCAUGGGCUAAGAAAGGUUCUCGUCCUCGUGGUCAGAUCUUUGGAUAUAGAAUGUCGUUAUGGGCAGAACAUCUAGGGUUUCUAGAGCAAGAAUUCGAGGAACCAGAGAACAUGGAAUGCGUGAGACGAGUUAGGCAAUUGAGUGAGCUGAAUUGGGGACAGUAUGCAGCAGAGGAAGUCACAGAGAUGUCAGGUCAUCUUCUUAAGUAUCCAGUUCAAGUCGAUAAAACAGGCAAAGUGAGUUCUCUUCCUGGAUGCGAGACAUUCCCAGAUCUCGGUGGCAAGAUCAUAGGAUCAUUCCUUACUCUACAAGAAAACCUCACCAUCUGAAAACUUACCUUAUAGUGUCAACAAUUGUUCUUUAUUUCUUCUACUUCAAGAAAUCUCUCUAACUCUGUGUGAUCUGAAUGAAAGUGUGUGCUUUUAGGGUCCUAGUUGUACUUUUCAAAUUUAUGAGCUGUACAUCGAUUCAUUACAAUUAUUUCCAUUGAUCUAUCGUAGUGUGUGUUUUGGAGUUUUUUCUUUUUGUUACUGCUACUUCGUUAGCCUAUCUAAAUUAUAAAUUUAUUUUUAUAACCAAGGUUAAUCCCAACUUUUAGCACCCAACUAAUCCCUACGGUAAGUGAAGCCUAUU